AUGGCGAGGGAUUUCCGACCGAAAGGUGCGAGGUCGUCGACGGCGGCCGCGCCAGCGGCGGCAGCGACGAACAACACUGCCUCGCCAGCCAAGGUCAGCUCACCAGCACCUUCCAAAUCCACACCCAAGAAGAUUCCCACUUCUACCAAAAAGACGACCAAAAAGGCUGAUGCAUACGACUCGGAAGACAGCGCGGAUGAGGCCACUUUGAUGCGCGAGAUUGAGAGCUUCGGUGGCUCGAGAGCCGACCUUGAGCUCAUCUCCAAGGCCAACGGAAAGAAAAAGUCGGACGCUGCCAUCGACGAAGCUGCCUUCUCCGGUGAAGUUGCCGCCUUCCUCAAGCAGCUUCAAUCAGACCCUUCUACCUUGGAGCCCGCCACUUCCAUUGCUCCUUCCACCAAAAAAGUCAAGGAGGUCAAAGCUGCCGCCGAUGCACCGAAGAAAGCCGAGUCCAAGAAGCAACACACCGAGACCGCGACAUCCAAGGACAAGUCGAAGACAAAGGAAAAGACUUACACCAACAACAACAAGGAAGCCGAAGCAAAAUCACAGAAGCCAACAAAGCAGUCUGUUCCCCAAACUGUCUCAGAUAGCACAACCGUACAGCGCAUGGGAAAAGGCAAAAAGAUGGUCUUUGACGACGAUGGCGUUGGCAAAGAGACCAAGGUCAAGCCGUCGCUUACUGCCACCGGACCGUUGCGAUUGCAAGCUGUGCCUUCGUGGAUGGCUCAGCCCAUGCCUAAGCUUCCCUCCGCCAGCAGCGACGCCCUCUCGCACGAUCGCAUCACCCAGCUUCUCGACAUGGGUGCCGAUCUACUGCGCCAAGAGAGCCGCGCCUACGACGACAUCACCAGCAGCGAGACUUCCCUCAAUAAGGCUGGCGGCAGCAUCGGCACUCUCACCGCUUCCGAUGCCCGCUUCGUACGCUCGCUUCUCUCCUCCGAGGGCGGCGGUACGCUCUCGGACAGGAUCUCGGCACUGACACUCUUGGUGCAGAGCAGUCCAGUACACAACGUCAAGCACAUGGACAGCCUGCUCAACAUGACACGCAAGAAGAGUCGUGAGGAGGCUAGCCGUGCUACACGUGCCUUGGCCGAUUGGCUCGCCAGCGAAGGCGGUCUCGGCUCGAGAAAGCUGCGCUAUUUCCGAGACCAGCCUCAGCUCGCCGCAGCUUCUGCUGCCCUUGCUUCGGGCGAUCUCGUCGCGGCCGAAGCUGCCAAGUCCCACUUGCUACUGUGGGCAUUCGAGGAUCAUCUGAAGAAGUUCUACUUCCAGUUCCUUCAGGUGCUCGAGGUGCAGUCGCACGAUACCAUCCCCUUCACACGCAAGCAGGCCACGACUCAGACCUUCAUUCUGCUUCGUGACAAGCCCGAACAAGAGCAAAAUUUGCUUCGCCUCCUCGUCAACAAGCUCGGUGACCCGGAUCGUAGCGUGGCAGCCAAGACCAGCAAUCACAUUCUCGAGCUGCUCACCGCUCACCCGGCCAUGAAGUUUAUCGUGGUGCGUGAGAUUGCCAACUUGAUCAUGCGUCCCACGCCUGUCGUGAAUGCAGAGGACGACGAGGCGGGUAAGACAAGCAACCACAGCACUCACGCUCGCUACUACGGCCUGCUCACGCUCAAUCAGACCGUGCUCACUGUAAAGGACGAGGCUACCGCCAACCACCUCAUCCUGCUCUACUUUGAGCUCUUCGAGGGCGUCCUGAAGCAGAACGAGGUCAAGGAGGCCAACGGCAUCGUCGACGGUCAAGAUGAGGACGAGGCGGCCAAGAAGAAGGACAAGAAGCGCUGGAAGGACCAGCCGCGCAAGGGGAAGGGCAAAGGCAAAGGCCGAGGCAAAGGAAAGGCCAACCAGGCUACUUCUGCUAAACCCGAGGAGCCCAAGUUGGUCAAGGAUGCUGAGUCCAAGAUGGUGGUCGCCCUCUUGACCGGUGUUCGACGUGCUUUCCCCUUUGCAAAGUUGGAAGCUUCCGUGUUUGAAAAGCACGUCAACACGCUGUUCAAGAUCCUGCACUCUGGCUCGUUCAACAUCAGCAUCCAGGCGCUUCAACUCAUCUUCCAGUUGACCAUUUCGAACCCGCACCAAGAGUCGUCCACCGUGCUCACGUCCGCGGCGAUCACGGACCGAUUCUAUCGCGUGCUGUACGACUCGCUGCUGGAUCCUCGUUUGGAGGCAUCGAGCAAGCAGGCCAUGUACCUCAACCUCAUCUUCCAGGCGCUCAAGGCGGAUGCGGAGCAGGAGCGCGUAAAAGCUUUUGUCAAGCGCAUGUGCCAGAUCCUGUCGCUGCACCAGCCUUCGUUCAUCUGCGGAUGCCUGCAUUUGCUCGGCGAGCUGUUCAAGCGCACACCAGGAUUGCGCGCCAUGCUCACCGAGCCAGAAGAGGACGACGAGGAGCAUUUCCACGACGUGGCAUCGAGCGACGAUGAGUCUGAGGACAAGGACAAGGCGAAGAACAAGACGGCCGCCAGGGAUGCGUCCACCAAGUACGACGGCAGGAAGCGGGAGCCGCGCUUCGCGCAUGCCGGCACCACGUGUCUGUGGGACGUGCUUCCGCUCGUGUCACAUUAUCACCCAUCGGUAUCAGUGCAUGCUCUGCAGCUGCUCGAGGGCGGCAAGAUCACGACCAAUGCGGAUCUGAGCCUCAACACGCUGUCGAAUUUCUUGGAUCGCUUCGUCUACCGCAACCCCAAGCAAAAGUCUUCAUUGCGAGGUGCAAGUGCGAUGCAGCCCAUGGCGCAGGUGGGCAGCGGAGUUACACGAUCGCGCACGCACGCGCUCAAUGAGGACGAGUUCUUCAACACCGAGGCCUUCUGGAAGAAGCGCGCAGACACGAUCCCCGCCGACCAGCUCUUCUUCCACACAUUCUUCAACCUCAAGUCAAAGCAGCCUUCGUCAAGUCGUGUGCAGACCGGCGGUGGCGACGAUGACGACCGAGAUGCGCUGGUGGGCUCGGACGACGAGCAAGCUCCGGCCAUGGUGGUUGAGGCCAAGAGCGAUUCGGAUCUGGACAGCGACGAUGAUGCAGACGAGAAGGAGAUCUGGAAGGUGAUGAAGGCGACGAUGCCGGGCAAGGAGGAGCUCGAGGGUCUGGAUGACAGUGAUGCCGACGAUGACGAGUUUGACUACGUCGACAGUGAUGACGAAGGCGAGCAGCCCGCAGCAGCGACUGCAGAAGGAGAGGACAGUGACGACUCGGAUGACGACGGACCCAACGUCAUCCCUGGCAUGACCUUCUCCUCAGACGAAGAAGACGGCGACGCACAAGAGCCCGCAGCCGACGACUGGGCAGACGACGAAUCCGACAGCGGCAACGUGUUCGACGAGUCGGACGACGAUCUCUUGCCGUUCACCGAUUUCAACCCCAAGAAGCGCGGUGUCGAGUUGUCCGACUCCGAGGACGAAGACGACAGCGCAGAUGCAAAGAAACGGCGCAAGUCCAAGGACAAGAAGAAGCGCAAGCAGUCGAUGCAAAACCUACCCACUUUCGCCAGUGCCGAAGACUAUGCCCACUUGCUUGGUGGUGACGAAGACGAAGACAUGUAA